CUAUUGGCUGGUUACCUGUUGACAUCCAGUCACGCCACGGUUUGCACCGCUGAACAGAGACAGCAGAAUCGGACGAUGGGCCGUCCAGCUGCAUAGACAGUGAAUACAUAGAGACUUCCAGAGUUUUUCUGUCUUUUUUCCGUUUUAUCUUCAACUCCACUCAGACAUGGAGAAAGUUGUCAUUGUAACCGGAGCUAACAGCGGCAUCGGCCUGGCCCUGUGUGAAAGGCUGCUGUCCUCGGACAGCCAGGUCAGGCUCUGUCUAGCCUGCAGAAACAUAGAGCGGGCCGAGGCCGCCCGCGCCGCCCUGCUGACGUCUCACAGCAGCGCCCGUGUAGACUUACUGCACCUGGAUGUUGGCUCUGUGCAGUCAGUGCUUGGUGCUGCAGAGGAGGUCAAGACCAGGUACAGCCGCAUCGACUUUUUGUAUUUAAAUGCAGGAAUCAUGCCUAAUCCAACGGUGGACAUCAGCGCAUUUUUCAAAGGUCUCUUUUCCAGGAAUGUCAUCAACAUGUUUGCAACAGCUGAAGGUCUCCUUACUCAGCAAGACGAACUCAACUCAGACGGCCUUCAGGAAGUUUUUGCCACAAACCUAUUUGGUCAUUUUCUCCUGAUCAGGGAACUGGAGCCUCUGCUGUGUCAGCCGGGUCACACCUCUAGGUUGGUGUGGACGUCCUCAAGUAACGCCCGGCGCUCGGCCUUCAGCAUCGAGGACCUCCAGCACAGACGAGGAAAGGAGCCCUACAGCUCUUCCAAAUAUGCUUCAGACAUGCUCAGUUUGGCGCUCAACACACACAAGAACAAGCAGGGGCUGUUCUCCUCUGUGAUCUGUCCAGGCCUGGUGAUGACUAAUUUGACCUACGGGAUCCUCCCCUCCUCCUUCUGGACUCUCAUCAUGCCCAUCAUGUGGUUGAUCCGGAUUUUCACCAACACUUUUACACUUACGCCGUACGCUGGGGCUGAGGCACUGCACUGGCUGUUUCUUCAAAAGCCAGAGUCUCUGGAUCCGAGAGCAAAGUAUCACAGUUUAACAUCCGGACUCGGGACUAACUACACUGAGCCACGCAUAAUGGACCUCGAUGAUGAAAUGACUGAGGUCUUCUUUUCGAAGCUUCUUGAGCUUGAGAGAGCAGUCAGAAGGAACCUGAGCGAGAAAACUGCUGACAGUGAACAUUAUCAGCAGUAUAUCAGUGAGAUACAGUAGCCGUGUUUUUUAUGCAAGAUUUUUCUCUCUGGAAAUGUUAUCACUGCCAUUUUUCUUUUCCAGAUUGAACAUGACGUAUUUUAUAUUUUGAUGAAUCUCAUUUAAUUUUACUUUGAAAUGUUUAAUAAAACCCUUGUUAAGAGCA